CAGUAUACACACUCUGAAGAUGAUUUCCAAGUCUCCAGGCAACACAGAAUAGAAGAAGAAGAAGAAGAAGAUGGCGGAACGAGGCUACAGUUUCUCUCUCACCACAUUUAGCCCUUCGGGGAAACUGGUCCAGAUUGAAUAUGCCCUGGCAGCUGUAGCAGCCGGAGCUCCCUCGGUUGGGAUCAAAGCUUCCAACGGUGUUGUUCUGGCAACAGAGAAGAAACAGAAGUCCAUUCUGUACGAUGAGCAGAGUGUCCAUAAGGUGGAGCCCAUCACUAAACACAUAGGCAUGGUCUACAGUGGCAUGGGGCCUGACUACAGGGUUUUAGUGCGACGAGCCCGGAAGUUGGCACAGCAGUACUUCCUGGUUUACCAGGAGCCAAUUCCAACAGGCCAGCUUGUCCAGAGAGUGGCCUCUGUAAUGCAGGAGUACACACAGUCUGGCGGUGUGCGUCCAUUUGGUGUAUCGUUGCUGAUCGCUGGAUGGGAUGAAGACCACCCCUACCUGUUCCAGUCAGACCCCUCCGGUGCAUAUUUUGCAUGGAAAGCCACAGCCAUGGGAAAGAACUAUGUUAAUGGAAAAACAUUCCUUGAGAAAAGGUAUAACAAUGAUCUGGAAUUGGAAGACGCCAUCCACACAGCCAUCUUGACAUUGAAGGAGAGUUUCGAGGGUCAGAUGACAGAGGAGAACAUUGAGGUGGGGAUCUGCAAUGAGGCCGGCUUCAAAAGACUCACCCCAGCAGAGGUGAAAGACUACCUGGCUGCCAUUGCGUGAACACACCCUGCCUGGUGACGGGGCUCUCGGGCCACAUUUCAAGACAGACACAGCAGCACAGUAGCCAACGGUCACAUGACACACAUUUUUGUAAACCACAGCAGUUAUUCAUGUUUUCUGGUAUGAAAAUAUGUGGGGAGAGUGGGGGGUGCUUAAAGAUACAGCUUUUGGGUGUGUGCAGCUAAUGUCGCUGUCACUCACAGUAGCAUUGACCAAACUCAAGCAGUGGCCGUGAGAUGGCAGACUCAUGCCAGCACUUAACUAACUGGCUUUUAAUGUGGAAUGUGACAGCUGGCUACUGUGCAUAUGAAAAGGAAUGUGGGCUCAGAUGAGUGAAGUCUCAAGUCUUCCAUUGAAUCCUUCACUUUUCUUCUCUGUCAUUACUGUUGCAGUGGCAAUGCUAUCGGUUUACAAAUCAAGUACUGUUGCAUUUCGUAAUUAUUCAAGAUUCGAUUGCUAGUCGCCAUCACUAAGUGUGACAAAUGGCCUGUGAUGGUACAAGAAAACAAAACGUUUAAAUUGUAACAAGGCUAACACCUAUUAGAGGCUGUUAAGACAAAGCCAUGGCCUCACAUCUGUCUUGGGGGUCAUUUAUUCAUCCUGAACAUCGAUGUGUCCCUCAAAUCUCCCAACUUCAUCAGUGCCCUUCAAACACACUAGAAGGAGAAAAAACAAAAGAGAGCAAGUAGGGAGGAUACAAUGGAACGCUUUGAGAAUUAACAGUCAGGACCUGGUUGCCUGUAUAGCAGUUUUACACAAUGUACUUUUUUUUUCAGGCUAGAAACAAUUCUAGAGUUUGUAUUUUCUCCUCCGUAAUCUGUUGCAUUCAAAUAAAAGAUAAUGAGUUUA